UUGUGUGCUACUUGUCAUAAACCUAUAACCACCAAAUCGGUCAAGGCUCUUGAAAAGAGAUAUCAUACACAAUGUUUCGGCUGUGCAGACUGUGGAACGCCAAUUCUGUCAAAGUAUUUUCCUUUUGAAAAAGAAGAUGGUGAGAAAAUACCUCUUUGUGAAGACCAUUUUUACAAAAGACGAGGUCUUACAUGUUGUGUCUGUGAUAGUUAUUUGAAAGGAACACACUUCACUGUAUUUGGAAGAAAGUAUGAUGCUGAACAUUUCUGUUGCAAAAUAUGUGCUAAAAAAUUUGACACUGAGGAAGAUUUUUUCAAUCAUGAUAACAACAUUUAUUGUCAUUAUCAUUUUUCCAAGUUUUUCAUUGAACGUUGUGAGGGUUGUGAAUUUGCAAUUUUGAAACAAUACGUUGAGAUAUUUCGAGGUGGUAGAAAUCAAAAAUGGCACGUUGAAUGUUACAUGAUCCAUAAAUGCUGGAAUGUAUCCAUAUCCCCAGGCAGCAUAGGAAUUGCAGCUCCACCUAUAAUAGAACCUACCGAAGAAAAUUUGAAGUUACCAGAUAUAAAUCCAACUCCAGAAGAACUGAUCGAUAUGGAAACAAAAGCUGGAGAGAAGAUAUCUGAAAUUUGGAACACGUUAUUCAAGUUUGAAGAAGAUACAGCGACUUGUAUCUCUGAUAUGUUACAGUUUGCAACUAUUCAUGAUCAACGAAAGGGUUUGGUGGCUACUGUGCGUUUAAUUUUGAAGAUCGAUGCACUUUUCAAAAGUAUUGAUAGUUUGCAUCGCUUGGGAAUCAAUUCUCAAGUUAAUCACAAAAAUGUUAAUACUGCAGCUGCUGUGGACGAUGAUGUUGUGGCUUUUCAAACGUUGAAGAAAGAGCCUAGGAAUCUAUCAGCCAAGAUAAUGAUCUAUUUGGCUAUCUUGAGGAAAGCUAGUAAAGGUGUUUCUGAUCCGAGUAACUCACAGGAUCUGAUUUUAUCUGUCGUCACUGGUUUAGCUCAUUAUUUGAAAUUAUUGAUAAGAUAUGGUUUAUACAACUCGUUGCAAUAUAAUAAAUCAUUCCAUACUACAAACGCUCUGGAUAAAUUUUUGAGAGAAAUAAGGGUACAUGAAAAUAUCCCAAAUGAUCCUUUGGAUUCAUUAGAUAUCCCAUUAGAUGCUUCGGAUCUUUGUGCUCAUUGUCAAAAGAGUAUAGAAAGUGCUUGCGUCCAAUAUCAAGAUAAAAGGUGGCAUGUUGAAUGUUUACAUUGUACCAAAUGUAAUAAAAACUUACAAGCUUAUGAUGGUGUUGCUGAUGCUUGUUACAAUUCUAAGACCAAUUGGGUAUUGUGUGCGCAAUGUGCUAUGGAUGAUCCAGAUGCUAAAGGUGGAUUUAGAUCGGUCUCAAAGUUGUUGCAAUUGGGUUACUUGCUGAAGAUUGCAAUUGUUCGUUCAAAAGCUGUAAUGGACUAUGAAUUUAGCCACAGAAAGAUCAAUAUUGUAAAUGAUCCUCAAUCAGCUGAAAACCAGAACAAUGAACAAAGCUAUAUGAAAACAUUGAAUGACAUUAAAAGAUUGAGAUCCACCAGACAAAACACCAGAAUCACCAAUUUUGAACGAGAAAAUGCAAGAAAAUCAGUUGUUAUUGAAACCACAGAGUUUAACUCGAAUGAUGAUCUCCAAAAACCAAAUCAGCUGAACAGUCAGUUUAUGUCUAGUGAGGAAAAUGUUACCAAACAAAAGAUAACUGUUGAAGAUGAACCUAUGGGACCUUCAUUGAGUAAGAAAAGUUUCAAUAGAGCCACUACAUUCAUCAACAAUCAAAAGGUGCUCACACUUGAUGACAUUCCAAGAAUUGUUGCAGCUGAGCAUGCAAGGGAACUGAGACCCAACACUUAUAAGUUUCACAAUCCACAUCAAGAAAGUAACUUUUCAAAGGAUAUAAAGGCCAAGAGCAACUCAUUACACCGGGGUGCCUCAAGUAUUCAGCAAUCAUCUAAUAUUGAAGGCAAUAAAUCACCAGACUUGGAUAUCAAAUAUUAUUCGCAACUUAGUGAUCAAGAAUAUUUCAUCAUUACUCAUAUUGCUGAUGUUGUUUUAGGUUUUGCAUUGUCAAAAGAUGGUGUGGGUAGGGACGUUGAUGCCACAAAAUUCAUUGACCUGAAGAAAACACCGACAUUCUGGGAGAAGCUUAGACAAAUAGGUAAUUCUGAAAAGAAAAUUGGGGCAUUAUCUAAAGUUUUCGGUGCCGAGUUGAAAGAUUUGACAGCAAAAGCAGGGAUUGAUUCAUCUCAAAGUAAUGGGCCUUCAAAGGUUCGUGUACCAAUGUUGAUUGAUGAUUUAUUAGCUGCAUUAUAUCAAAAAGAUAUGUCUGUUGAAGGUGUUUUCAGAAAAAAUGGUAACAUUAAAAGACUAAAAGAAAUCACAAAUGAGAUUGACAUCAAUCCUUCUAAAGUUCCAGAUUUGUUAAAUGAAAAUGCUGUUCAAUUAUCUGCACUUUUGAAGAAAUUUUUAAGAGAAUUACCAACCCCAUUGUUGACUUUUAAGCUUUACGAUUUAUGGAUUUUGACUCAAAAGGUGAAAGAUGACGUGUUGAAACGUGUUUUGAUUGAAAUCAGCUAUUCGUUGCUUCCAAAGGCUCACAGAGAUUUGGCUGAGGUGCUUUUAUUCUUCUUCAUGUGGACUUCAUCAUUUUCGCAUCUUGAUGAGGAAAGUGGUUCUAAGAUGGACAUUCAUAAUUUGGCAACAGUUCUUUCACCAAACAUUUUGUAUGCAAAGCCAGCUGAGAUUCCUCGCCCAUCAUCAAACGGUGAGGGUGAAAAUUACUAUCUUGCUAUUGAGGUGGUGAAUUACUUGAUUGAACACAAUGAACAGCUAAGCAUUGUUCCAAGCUAUCUAUUAGAAAUUUAUAAGUUGUGCAAAUUUGAAAAAGUGGAUCAUCUGACUUCUAAGGAUAUAUUCCUCAGAGUCGAAUCUGUUUUGAAAUCCAAACCA